CUCUCUCCAAACUAGGACUUGGCAGGGGAGGGCUGGCCCGCUGCUGCGGUGCGGCCACUGCCACCCGCUCGGCACCUGCAGGACCCCUGCACCGCUCCGGAUCAGGUCACGGGGGCUUUUUCCCGCUAUCUCCCCUUUCCUUGUCCUGCUCGUCGCUCUCCCUCAUGUUUCCUGCUUUUGUUUGUGCUGGGUGGGGGAUGGGAGGGGCCCUAGGAGGAGAGAUAGCCCUUAGUUUGUAGGUAUGGCAUUUGGUUCCAGACCACUGCGAAGGGCAGGGGGAGCAGACCCCAGAGUCAUCCCCAAAACUCUCAACUUUGCUUUUGUCGAGCACUGUUUGCUGCCAGAGCCUGGAGCAAGCCGAUCCACAGCAGUCCCCAGGGCUCAGGCAAGGGGUCUGUGAAACACAGCCACCUUGGCACUCACUGGUGCCUAGCUGUUGUUUCUAUGGGGUUUCCCUGCCAGUGGUGGAUAUCCAGCCACCCAUUCGGCUGCUUUCAUCCUGCCAGUCCAUGUGGCAUGGGGGUGGCAGCAGAAAAUCUGCAGAUAGCAGAGGACAGGGAGCCAGCCUGUGCCUUGCCAGGACCCUCAGUCCUCAGUCUCUUUGUUCUGGGAUAGUUUAGGAAAGUAGGAGAUAUUUGUGAACUCCUGGCAUAUCCUCUGGUGCUGGUGGCACUGUGAUUCUCUGCUUAUGCCAGGAGCAGUGGGAUGCUCUUCCUAAUCCCUGCUAUGGGCUGGAUGGAGGUAUGUGAGUCCCAUCUUUCUGAUCAGUGAUCAGUGCCUAUUGAGAAGUGCCUGAGGUUUUCUUGGUUUUGCUUUGGGAGGUGCAGAAUCUUACUAGCCCUGGGAAUCACUGCCUGUGUUCUUUAUCUGCCACACUGCAGCUUUGUUGUUACAGAAGGUUCAUCGCCUUCUCCCUGGGGCUGCUGCCCUGGGCAGACACUGUGUAUUGCCCUGCCUGGGGCAGCGCUGUGGCUGGUAGUAAUUUCUGUGCCAGGAUUUUGUCCUUAUGUGCUGGGGAAAAAUUCUGGGGCUGUGUGGGACUGACCACCCUCUAAAUAGUGUGUACCUCCUUGUGAGGAACAGAGCUAUGUGUACUGAAUGAGGGCACCAUCACUGGGUGUGAUAUUGGGAAUCUGCAAAAGAAACCAUGGUCUGGGUUCCUAAGCCACCAGGAUACCCUGCUGAGGCCCCCGCUGCUUGGCUUCGUGCAUGCCACUCUGGGAAGGAAGCUCAGAGAGAGAGAGAGAAGAAACUCUCCAAGUCCUUCCCAGCCUGCAUCACUGGUCCUGCUGAUGGGACCAAAAUAGAAACUGUGUGGCCAGCCUCUCCCCCGACCCCUGCUCAGCCUCAGCACCAGCACCAUGACUGACGGUGGUGGCUCACCCUCUGUGUUUCAGCCCUGGCUAAUUCAUGGCUCAAGGCUGUCAGUCUUGCUGUUCAGCUCCUCAGCCAAAUGCAGCAACAGAUUGUUUACAUCAGUGCUGUCAGGUUUCUUGAUUGCCAGGAGGCAGAUUAUUUACUGUAGUGGCAUAUAAACUUCAUAACAUUAUGAUGGUGGAAAGUUGUCAAGGGAUAUAAAUGCCCAGAGUCAGCCCAGGAGGCUCCAAGGAGAUGGUUUUGGUUUAAAUUAAGAUAAAACACUGUCUUCCAUGGAUUUUGGGAACGAAAUCACAUUGUUGUAAUGGGAACAUUACUCUGAAUACUAGGGCUGGCAAACUCUUCAAUUUAUGAAGCCUCUGCGGAGGAUCUGAGCUACUCUGGCAGAUGUGCCUUGCAACAGAUCUCCCGUUUGCCUCGAGAAGGUGGUGAAAAGGAGAUGGCACCACAGCAUCAUGCAGAGCUUGGGGUGAAGUGGUGGAGGGAUGGAACUGCCAUGAGAAGGGGGUUGGGAAAAUGCUGGGAACUGUAUAUAAAGUCUCUUCUGCUCUCUUCUUCCCAGAAAACCAAAUGUGAGCAUUUUCUUGGGAAGUGCCAAGCAUGAAGGCGGGAUAGCUUUUGCCUUGCUUUGAUUGAGGCAUGUCCAGGCACUGUCCUUCCACCUGGCUUUGCCACUUGGAGAAGCGUACCCUGACAAACUGUCAAACUAUUGUGUUUCAUUUCUUUGCCUUGCUACAAUCCCACCCCAAAGCAGCUGCUGGUCUCUGAUGCUGCAUCUUUGAAUGUUGCUCAGAGGCUGCACUGACAUAGCUGCUUGUCCUUUGUGAAGCAGUGCUGUCCUGGGACCUCCAGGUUGGCCACCCAGAGUGCCCAGUGACACUGACAGUCUUCUGAGCAAGUUGGCAAGCGUGCUUAGAUGCCUUGCUUGUGUCCAUGCCCAGUAGCCCUGACAGGGACCUCUGUACAGCACAUGCAGGGACAUCAGGGACCACAGGGCUGGGAGGAGGUGUCCUCUGCAGCUGCAUGCAUCUGACCACAGACUGGUUUUUAAGCACUUGCCUUGCUUCUUCACUAGCAGAGAGAUCUGAAUUCAUCUUGAUCAGGCCCAGGACCCACUGAGAGAUAAGUUGUGUUGCCCUCUGAGUGCUAGGAUCGGAAACUGGCUUCUGCAGCCUGGAGGGGCAGCCUUAUGUUUGCAGCAGUAAUCUACUCCUCUGCAGGGUGACAGUGCAACUGAGGAUGUCCUUGUCCUUGCCCUGGGAUUACCACACUCCUACAGUUCAGAAGCCUGGAAGUGACCCAUACAGGUGGUGGCACUUGUUCCGGCAGGUCAAGUGUAUGAAUCCUAAAAUAGAUGAGCAUAGCUCAUGGCUCACCCCUCAUGGUGCUUCGAAAGGCUCAUGUUUUAGAUAGAGCCUCUCCGCCCCUGUGCUGGGGGGAGCCCCAUCUCCUUGCUCAUACUGGACCCAGCGUGGGGGAGCUCCUGGCUCUGUUUCAUUUGUGUGAUGGUAGGAGAGAUGACAGCUGGAAUGGAAAUUCUGAGUAGAAACAAAGUGCACAGUUUGGGAACUUGCUGAUCACUGCACACCUCACUGCAACCAAAACCUGAGGGUUGUACCACAUCUUGACCAGCAUUUUCCCUUCCCCAUCUGGCACGGGGACACCUUCCUCAGCAGACCUCAUCUGUGCAGGUUGCUCUUGUAAGGUCAGAGAAGCCUGGCUGGGGAGCUCCAGGGAGGGGAGAGGUCAGUGAUGAUGCGUGGGAAGCAGGAUGGGAGAAUAAGGACAGGAUCUCAGCAGGGGUGGUGUGAGGACAGUAGCGUACAUGGGAAGAUUAAAUAUCAGAGCACAGAAAGGGUGGUGUGGGGUGUGCAAGCCUGUGAUGGAAACAGAGGCUGAAGGCAACCAGUGGUGUGCCAGCAGGGUGGGAAUGAGCUGCAGCUCUCUGGAUGGUGCCCUGGCAGAGAGGAGGCAGAAGCCCAGGAGAUCUUGCUGUCACACAGGAGUGGCUAUUAAUAACACACUUUCCUUGUGGCUGAUCUGUACGAGUCAAGUGUCUUUGUCAGGAGAAUACAGUUUGUAAACUGAAAUGGGCCCCUGCUCUCACUCAGCCAGCUCUUGUGCCACAGCAGGUUCCCAGCACCCACAGCUAGCCAGGACACAGAAAUCCAGCCAGCUGCCGUCAGGACAGGUGCUCGUCAUGGAACCAGGCAAAGCUCUCGGACUUGUUUCCCUUGUAGUCCCGUGGUUGGAAAAAAUGCUUUCCAGUCGACUAAUUGGAAGUUUGCUGAAAGGUCAGGAGGAACGAUGGUGUUAUUAUGUCCAGACUUCUCUGUGGCUCAAGGGUUGUGCAUUUAGUGCCAGCAAUGUCCUGCAAGUGGGUCCUCUUCCCUCCUUUGGUGCCAGGAGAGGGGUGCCAGAUUUGUCACUGUAUGAAGGUAACCUGAGAUCUCUCUUGCUCCUGGGCACUGGCAGGAAUAGACAAGGCUGCUGGAGGGACAAAGGGAACCGUAAUGAGGAGGAAGGGCCAAGAAGGUGUAUGGCACAAGAUCCCUCUGCCUAUCUCUGAGAGCCUGUUAAGUAUGGUACAUGGAAGUCUGCUCAAGGCUAGUGAAGUAAAGCAGAACAAUGGAGUUAAAUCCAGAUUCUCUUCCUGACGUGGGCAAAGAUUAUGUCAUGGGGGACACUGCAUGUUUAGCCCUAAGAGUCAGCCAGUCUGGUUUUGGAACCACCAUCACCACAUGAGGGAUAGCUACUGGUUAUAUGGAGAGAUGUCUCCAUAACAGCUGAUUCACAAGCUGUAUGUACACUGCAGUUACAAGAUGCGAGUUUUUCCUCUUCCAUCCCUGCUGUGCUUUCCAAGGGUGUUUAGAUCUUGCUUGGACAUGUUCCUGCUUCAGCAGCCUGGCAGGGUGGAUGCUUUGAGGAGUCUGGUAAUAAGAUACACCCCACUUUUCAAGAGCUCUGAUUGCAGAUCAUGAGCAGACCAGAGCUGCUGUCUCCUUCCUUAUUCACAGAAGGAGAUUGAAAUGAUAGUGUGUAUCUGCUCUUAACUAGAGUUGAUAUCCCAGUACAUGCAGCACUACUUCCUUUCCUUUGCACCCUGCAAAUGCCAGGCUGCCUCCAUCCUGCCUCCUUACCUAACUGAGCCGAGUAACAUGGUCUGCAGAGCAGCCACAGGUGCUGGCUCCUCUCCAUCUUUUCUCAGUCACAAACAAUGGAGAUGCCAGUAAUGUGCUGGUGUUAGGCCUGGGGCUUCCAGGACUUAGUUCUUUUUGGACUCCUCUCUGCCUAGUGCAUGGUUCCCCAGCUGCACACAACUCUGCUAAUGUAUAUCAGCCAUGGGCAGCCCUGGCAGUUGGUCCAUCUGCUCCACCAGCAGCAGCUCUGACACCUGCAAUACACCAUUUGGAGCUCAGGUUGGAAGUGAGAUGCAAGAGGUGGGGAUGAGUACACCCAGCGUAUCUGAGCUGCACCACGCUGCUGUCAUGGGCUGUCAGAUGGCAGUCUUGUAAUAACCUUCACCACUGGUGGUCAGAGCUUGAUUCAGCGUGCCAUUUACAGACAGCCCUGAAGAUAAAAAGGUUUGCAGUCAGCUAGUGCUCAAACAUAAAUGUCAAACCAAGGUUGUUCUAGCAGAUUUCUUCAUGAGACUGGUGGAAAAAGGAAGGAAGCUGUGUUAAGAGGUCUUCCUGCCCACAGCAGCAGCACAGUAAGUGAUGCAGCAGCAACACAGUAAGUGGUACAGCAGCUUUGUGCUGGUGGAAUAUAUGGAACAGCCAUUUAGCUCGUUUGAGGUGCCCUUGGUCAGUAUGUGUCCCCCAGGAGCUAAAGAUGGCCAAAAAGAGUCUGUUGCAGUGCGCCACAUCCCGUGUUCUCGCUUGUGAUUUUUAAUAUGUUUUAUUUGUUCAGACAGUUUUUAAUGCCUGUUGGUGAUGAUGCACAUUGGCAGCCAUCUGAACAUGAUCCAGCAUGUGCCAAGUGCCCACGAAAGCCAGCAGCAUCCUGGCCUGUAUCAGUAAUAGUGUGGCCAGCAGAACUAGAAAGUGGCUGUUUCUCUGUACUCAGCACUGGUGAGGCCACAGCUCGAGUGCUGUGUCCAGAUUUGGGCCCUCUUCCUGUCAUUGAGGUGCUGGAGCACAUCCAGGGGACAAUACAGCUGGCGAAGGGUCUACAGAACAAGACUUAGGAGGAAUGGCUGAGGAAGCUGGAGACUCAUGGGAGACCUUAUUGAGCUCUACAGCUACCUCAGAGGAGGUUGUAGCAAGAUGUGGGGUCAGUCUCUUCUCCCAGGUAACAAGUGAUAGGACAAGAGGAAAUGGCCUCCAGUUGUACCGAGAAAGUUUCAAUUCUCUGAUUCUAUGCAGUUUUCUGUGAAUGAUCCUGCAGAUAAUGGGGAGAGGGGACAUGAAUGGAGCACUGCAUUGUUGCGAACGGGAUGGAAGCAGGGUCAUCAGCAAAAUGGUGAUGCCCUUUGCAAAGCUGCAUGGGCCUUGUUAGAUUGAAUCUUCUGGUGACCAAGUACCUGCCUGCAUUGCUUACAGUGGUAGGAAUUGAGAAAUACUUCUGAGGAUGUGAUGCUUUGGCUUUGCUUUCAGGUCAGCCACGCUUUAGCUGCCCUGAUGCUGUUCUCUGGAGGCCAUUGCCUUCCUGCCUGCCUUCCUGUCUUCCUUCCUGCCUUCCUUCUUGCCUUCCUUCCUCCCUCUCUCCCUUCCUCCUUUACAUUACUGAGUACAGGCAUGGUGAUAAGACUAUAGAAACUGAAGAGCUGGCUUCCUUGUUUACAAGGCUGGAGGAGACCAAACCAAGCCUUGUCUUUCCCAAAAAUACAAACUCACCUUUGUACUCAUCUAUUAAAAAGAGGUACAGCCCAAUGGGCUGCUUGUGCUACAAGCACUAUCAAAAACUCCAGUUUGUCCGAAAGAUAAGACCUAUGUUCCAUCUUACAUUCAUUUCCCAAAUAAAAAGGGAAGAAGCUUCUGAUAAAUUCACUUAUUUGUGUGGGCCUUGGGUCAUUGGAAGUUUGGUCCAGAGUGAUACCCUGAAGGUUCUCUGAUAUUACUGAAGAAUGUAAAAGAGCAUGGGAAGGGAGGAAGAUAGAAGAAGGGGAGCAGAUGUCAGUCUGCAUGGUGAACAGCAUAUCCAAACCCUUGUAGUGGGUAGAGGAGAUACCUUGCACAGUAUGGGAAUCAUUGGGAGUGGUGGUGAUGGUGGCUUGUGUGUGUUUGCCAUGAUCGAGUCCCCUGCCUUGGGAGCAACUGAAGAAGUUUACUUCUACCAAGCUGUGGGUUUUGGUUGUUUUUUUUAAGUUUGCCUUGAAUAAAUAUUCUAGCAGCUGAAGGGAGGCAGCUGGAGUGUGGGAAAUGAAGCACUGUCUCUGGAGGAUGGGAGCACUAGAGCUAGCCAGACUCAGCUCCUAUCACUCAGGCCUUUGUGUGCAGAGCCACUGACACUGAAAAUGUUGCAGCACCUUCCACUUGUGGCUUUCAACAGACUGCUGCAAUAUCCAGGCAGCCUGUGAAACUUUAAGAGCUGGACAGGGAAAGCAUAAGCUUUCCGUAAAGCUCUUUCUCCCAUGAGAGGGAAGUUUUGCGCAGGACAGAUGGGAUGGUCUUCCUUGCUCUCCUCUGCCCUCUCCAGCCUCUCCCAGCUUCUCCCAGACCGCUUCUACCAAAUUUUCCUGCCCUGGUUUUACUGGUCUGGUUCAUUUUCUUCUGUACUCACAAGGAGUUGAUUUCAAUUUGCUACGAAUUUGGUGGGAGUGGUCCUUAGCCAGAGUGGUUCCUGUGGGGAAACCAGGUGGAUCAGCAUCAGGAGAGUGGCGGGGGUAAUUGAGGUGCCAGGGCUGAUUGGCACCUCAGAGUGCGUGCGGCCUGUCCUUAGUGGAGAACAGGGAGUGCACAGUGUCCCAGCUAGGUGGUGGCACCUGCCCUGCCAUUGCAGCCCUCGAGGCUGAGCUGUGAGACUCGUCGAGCUGUAAAGCUGUGGGAAGCAACACCCUACCACACACCUCAGGUAGCAUUGCCAUGUCUCCCACUCCGUGCUUCAGCCCUCUGUCUCCUGCUUCCCACUGUCCCCUUGCCCUGACAGCUGCCGUGUGGCCUGGGACUCAUCAGCAAGCCUACUUAAUUCCUGGUCUCUGUGUUAACAGCCACCAUCCGGAUGCAAUGGAAACCUUUUUUAGGCGGCACUUUGGGCGGAAGGGGCUGCGGCGCACCAGCGUGGUGGCUGUGCCCACGGGCAAGGUCAGGCGUCGCUCCCAGGUGGGGCUGCCCUCCAGCUCGCUGGCCCAGUGCCGCCGUGGCUCAGGCACCCCAGCAGCAUCCCUCUCCUGCCUGGGCCUGGUCCGGCGUCCUGGCACCCGCCGCCGCUCCAGCACCACGCCGCCCUGCCUCAGCCCCAGGUUUGCCGUGCAGAAGCAGCGCAGGGGCCAGGCACAAGCUAUUGAUGCCCAGCUGCUGGGUCCCACUGUGCUCCUGGCCAGCCUCAUUCCCACGGGAGAGGAGCAGGACAAGGCUCACGGCACUGACAGCUCCAGAUCUGACUCUCCAGAGGACGGUGGUGCAGCAGCAGGAGCUGAGCAGGGCCAGCACGAGCAUUGUGCUGAGGAGGCGUGGCUGGCCAUGCUGCCCCAGCUGCGGCCGCUCCAGGCAGGGCUGCUGUCGCGGGGCCCACGCUGCCUGCGGCGUGCCUCCUCCCACUGCCUGCCCACCGAGGUCGCGUACGGCCGGGCUGCCUACGGCCUGCCAGGCCGCUACCGCCGCCUCAGCCAGCGCCGCCGCUCCAGCGAUGGCCUUCAACCUGGGCUGCUCCCCUCUGGCCACCCACGGCUGCUGGCCCAGCACUCUGCAGGAGUGGCCGGAACCGGGUGCCCCUCUGCCACCCUCACCGAGGGUUUGGGACCGGAGUCCACCUGCCGCACCACUCCGGACGGCUGGAGCCCCCGGCUGCUGAAAGCUAUUGCCAAAUCCAGUCUCCAGCACAUGAUAGCCCAGCCAAACCCGGCACUAGCUGUGAGGAGCGACUCGGAGAGGCAGCUACGCAGCACUGUGGAUUGGAGCGAGGCUGCGGUCUAUGGGGAGCACAUCUGGUUUGAGACCAGUGUCUCUGGGGACUUCUGCUAUGUUGGGGAACAGUACUGCAUGGCGAAGCUUCUGCAAAAGACUCUCUCCAGGCGUAAAUGUGCAGCCUGCAAGAUUGUAGUGCAUACACCCUGCAUUGAACAGCUGGAGAAAAUAAAUUUCCGCUGCAAACCUUCCUUCAGGGAGUCAGGAUCCCGGAACAUACGGGAGCCUAUUGUUGUCCGACAUCACUGGGUGCACCGGAGGCGGCAGGAAGGGAAAUGCCGGCAGUGUGGCAAGGGUUUUCAGCAGAAGUUUGCCUUCCACAGCAAAGAGAUUGUAGCCAUCAGCUGUUCAUGGUGCAAACAAGCGUAUCACAGCAAAGUAACAUGUUUCAUGCUGCAACACAUUGAAGAGCCCUGCUCACUGGGAGCUCAUGCUGCUGUUGUUGUUCCUCCCACCUGGAUUCUGCGGGUCCGGCGGCCCCAGAAUCCUCUGAAAUCUAGCAAGAAGAAGAAGAGGACAUCAUUCAAGCGGAAAUCCAGCAAAAAGGGAGCCGAGGAAGGGAGGUGGAAACCCUUUGUUAUCAAGCCCAUGCCAGCUCCUCUCAUGAAGCCCUUGCUGGUGUUUGUGAACCCCAAGAGUGGUGGGAAUCAGGGAGCCAAGAUCAUCCAAUCCUUCAUGUGGUAUCUCAACCCACGGCAAGUUUUUGACCUCAGCCAGGGUGGACCCAAGGAGGCGCUGGAGCUGUACCGCAAAGUCCACAACCUCCGGAUCCUGGCAUGUGGGGGAGACGGCACAGUGGGCUGGAUACUCUCCAUUCUGGACCAGUUACGCAUAAACCCAUCUCCUCCUGUGGCCAUCCUACCUUUGGGGACAGGGAAUGACUUGGCCAGAACACUGAACUGGGGUGGGGGUUACACAGAUGAGCCUGUGUCCAAGAUCCUUUCGCACGUAGAAGAUGGGAACAUAGUGCAGCUCGAUCGCUGGAACCUCCAUGUGGAGCCAAACCCUGACACAAACCCUGAGGAAAAGGAUGAGGCAGCUGCUGACAAGCUGCCUUUGGAUGUCUUUAAUAAUUACUUCAGCCUUGGCUUUGAUGCACGGGUGACGCUGGAGUUCCACGAAUCCCGAGAGGCCAACCCAGAGAAGUUCAACAGCCGAUUUCGGAAUAAAAUGUUCUAUGCUGGGACGGCCUUCUCCGACUUCCUCACCGGGAGCUCCAAGGACUUGGCGAAGCAUGUCAGGCUGGUUUGUGAUGAGACAGACCUGACCUCCAAGAUUCAGGACCUGAAGCCCCAGUGCCUGGUCUUCCUUAACAUCCCAAGGUACUGUGCAGGCACCAUGCCCUGGGGCAACCCUGGGGAGCACCAUGACUUUGAGCCCCAGCGCCAUGAUGAUGGCUGCAUUGAAGUUAUCGGCUUCACCAUGACCUCACUGGCUGCCUUGCAAGUCGGAGGCCAUGGGGAGCGGCUCUGUCAGUGCCGGCAGGUGGUUCUCACCACAUCCAAGGCCAUCCCCAUGCAGGUGGAUGGAGAGCCCUGCAAGCUGGCACCAUCCUGCAUCCGCAUCUCUCUGCGCAACCAAGCCAACAUGGUGCAGAAGACCAAGCGGCGCAACUCCAUGCCUCUGCUCAAUGACCAGCAGCCAGUGCCCGAGCAGCUGCGGAUCCGGGUGAGCCGAAUCAGCAUGCAUGACUAUGAGGCACUGAACUAUGACAAGGAAAAGCUCAAGGAAGCCUCUGUGCCACUGGGAAUCAUCGUGGUUCCAGGAGACAGUGACCUGGAGUGGUGCCGGACCCGGAUUGAGAAGCUGCAGGAGGAUUUCCCUGCAGAGCCCUCUGCUUUAGAGCGCCUGCUCUUUCAGGAGGGAGAUGGAGCCAAGCCAAAGACACUGUCAUUCCAGAAACUGUCACCCAAGUGGUGCUUCCUGGACUCAACCACGGCCGAUCGGUUCUACAGGAUAGACCGUGCACAGGAACACCUCAACUAUGUGACAGAGAUCUCUCAGGAGGAGCUCUAUGUGCUGGACCCAGAGCUAGUGGUCACUCAGACUGUGAGCACUUCUCCUGCCAUGCCCGACCUUGUGGACUCAUCUGCCACACCCCCUGGGCACCAUUUUGCAUUUCCCUCCUCUUCCUCCUCUCCACCCUCCUCUCCUGCCCCCAGUGCUGAGCCUGAGCGCUGCCUCCCACAUAAAGAUGACCUUCUGAUAGAAGCUGCCAAGAGUGGCAACUUCAGCAAGUUCCAAGAGCUGCACCGAGCUGGAAGAGACCUGAUGGUGCGAGACUCCUCUGGCCAGACCGUCCUCCACCAUGCUGUCAAAUCAGGAAGCAAGGACAUCGUCAAAUACAUCAUUGACAAUGCUCCUUCAGAAAUCCUUGAUGCCACAGAAGAGGAGAAGGAGACACCCCGAAGCACCGUGCUGAGAAAGCCAAUGACCCUGACUUAGCUGCCUACCUCGAGAACCUACAGCACUACCAGAUGAUCCAGCGGGAGGACCAGGAGACAGCUGUGUAGUGCUUGGUGUGCCUUAGCCCAAGCCAGCUCAUGCAAGAUGAGAAGAGGACAAUGCCAACUGGCAGAGCUGUAUCUGGCCCAACCCUCCCCAGAUGCCAACUUGGUCCCUGGAGAUGGAUACGGAAGAGCUCUGCCCCAGGCUGGGCUGGGAGUCUGUUUAUGAGGACAAUGGAUUUUUCAGACUUGAAGCCUGAUUUUUUGUGUCCACCCCUUCACCUCUCAUUCACCACAUUCCCUGCCCUAGGUGGGCUCUAACCCCCAGCCAUGUUGGAGCAGGCCAGGCUGAAGCCCCCAGUCACCCUUGUUCAUGGCAGUAAUGCCAGUGCCCCUUCCAUAGGCUCCUACCUAUGGUCCUUGUGGGACAUCAUUACUCAGCCCCUCUCUCUGCUGGCAGUGCCCUUCUUAGGUAUUUGGCUAGGUUUGUGUCCCAUUCCUCCUCUCCUGUCUGGCACAGCUGUGGGAGGCACAGGCUACAUCAACAGACUGCAGAGGCUGUGAGCCGCAGACUUUGCCCCAAAGGAAGCCCCACAACUUACUGGCCCUGCCUUCUCCUCCCUCCUGGGGCUGUACCAGGUCGCUGUGUUGCCCUCUCCAGAGCCUUCUGAAGCAGGAGGGAAGGCACUUGUGCAUCCAGCCUUUCCUCAGAGCAUCUGUGACUGGUGCAGCUGGAAGUAGGGCAGCAGGUGCCCUCCUGAUGGACCUUUAGUGCUCAGUCAGCAGUCUCACUCGGGGCUGGGAUGGCAUGGAGGAAGGCUACCAAACCCUCCCACCAGACGUCUCUCCACGGGACUGGGUGGAACAGUUUGCACACCCGCUCUGCUGAGCAUCUCUUUGGGCCUCCUGUGGGAUGGUGGAGAGCUGCACUCAACUGGGGCAGUGGCAGUGACGACACCUGUUGUAUUUCCCAAAUACUGACUUGGAUACAGCUGCCCUCCCUGCUUCAGUUUCCCCCUCAAUGCUAGACUUUGCAUGGGGCUGGACGGGCAGUGCUGGGGUCAGUGCUGCUCUCAGGGAUCCCCUCCUGCCCCCCAACCUGGCAACAUGUAUCCUUUAGUUCGACUCCUGCUGUUCCCCAAACUGGGCACAGGGCUUUGCAGGGAAAACUUGAGAGCUCACCCAGCUGACACACAACCCACCUGGGCAGACCCCGAGCUCACCCUCUCCAGUUUUAGCAGAAAGAAGGAUUGGGAUUCACAGGAGCCAUCAGGGCCCCUAGCCCUGAGUCAUGAUUGCAAUCAGAUGAAUUUCACCAACCUCCUGCUAUGUGUCAUGAGGCACCACAAUCCAUCUCUGCUCUUGAUGUUGUGAGUGCUUAAUGCCAAGACAUCAAGCCAUGCCUUCAGCGAGGCUUUUGCAGAACUGAAUCUCUCAGACUGAGGUGCCCACAGAGGAGGGAAGCUGAUGGCUCUGAGCCAAGCUGAUGGCUGCUUGGCACUUUAUGGUGGGCAGUGGUUGUGAAAGGUGUUGCUGUUCACAGCUUGGCUCCAGGAUAGGAUGCUGCUGUGCAGUCCCUCUGCACUUACACACAGCUGUGCCCCCUGGGUAGUGCUGGGUGGCACCAUUUGAAUCCCUCCUACCAAGAAAACAGUAUGAAGGUACUGUAGGGAACCAGAAUACCUUUCAAACUUUUUGUCCAGAGGCAGGGUUUCCUUGAAGGAUGGGGGAUGCUGUACUGGGGAACAGAGGUGCUGGGCAGUGCAGGGUGCCCAGGGGCCAAUUGGCAGUAUUGACAAAUAAUAAUGAUCAUGUACUAAUGCUAGAGCUGGGACACUCCAGAAGUGCCUGGAGUUCUCAUCAGCACUGCUGGCAGGCCACUGACAGGCAAGGGACUGUCAUCUCAGAGGUCCACACCACUGCUGCCCCAGAUGGGAUGCCCAGCUUGGCCCAGAGGCAUUUAGAGCCUCAGCUUUCCCCUUUCUCCCUUAUAGUUGUUGUACAGGUAGUUGAGAGACACACUGUCCCCCUCCCUGCCAGGCCCCUCCGUGCACCUGUGAGCUGAGUUGCUGUGCAAUUCCAAGCCUGCUUAUAUUUGGUGAAGAAGGAGGGGGUGUUGGUUGCCCUGCCCCCUGAGGGCAGGGGUUUUGUGCAAUACCUGGGUCUGUGUUUCUUAGACGCUGUUGUAGGACUGUAUUUUUGUAACUAUGUGAGAGUGCUGGCUCCAGCCGGCCCAGAGCCUGGCACGAGCCUGUGUUCCCAUUGCUUUUCAACUUUGACUGUUUGGAUGUUGUGGUUUCUUGCCAUUGAAAUAAAGAGAUUGAUGUUUUA